AUGGUCGUCCAGCAGCAUGUUCUGAAUUGGUUGUAUAGUGUAUUAACCAGCGAAUAUCAAGAUGUGAAUCGCACCUAUAACGAUGUAGCCCAAGCGCUAUCUCAAUACCCUUCACUGUCACCCAGGACAGAUGUACAUACCUUCGACAACGGCGUAUCAGCUCUCCUCUUACACCUCUCUGGAACCAUUCCCGUCAUCUUUCGUGGAACGACAUAUCGAUUUCCCAUCUCAUUAUGGAUACCACAUGCCUAUCCACGGGAGGCACCGCUGGGCUAUGUUACUCCUACCGAGAGCAUGAUGGUGCGGCCAGGCCAACAUGUUGACCCCCAAGGACGAAUAUACCAUCCUUAUCUCGUGGGCUGGGCCGAGUUUUGGGAUAAAUCAUCGUUGCUAGAUUUCCUCGCUAUACUGAGAGACAUAUUUGCGAAGGAACCGCCGGUAGUGUCACGGCAACAAGCUCGUCCUGCAUCCCAACAACCACUCCCGACCCCGACACCUCCACCAGUACCGCCUUUGCCUCCCGACAUGACAAGGCAGAGUGCCCAGCAGGUCCCAUCUCCGCAUCCUAGCGAUUCGAGACCACCUCCGCCUCCACCAAAGGGAAGCGACCUCCCUCAGGUCGUUUCUGGCCCGUCCACUGCCCAAACAGACGGACCCCCACGACCACCCCUACCGGACGGAAUUCAACGUCAAUCGAGCCAGUAUGGUACACCUACGACGACACAGCCGACUCGACUAUCUCGAUAUGACACGGCCCCUCCUUUGCCACCGCAACAAGGGCAAUCACAUCCCCCUCAACCCUUGCAACCCUACCAGCAACCAGCACCUCCGAAUACUCAAUAUCCACCGCAGCUUCAGCUACAGCCACAAUCUACGUAUCAACACGGUGGCCCCCCUCAGCCUGGAUUUCCAUCGCCAGACUCUCGACGUACAUCCAUGGUAGCUCCCGCCACUCCUAUUCCUUACCACGGCCCUCCAGCUGGCCCCCCUCUACAAAACUGGCAACAACCGCCAAUGCAACCCAAACCGAAGCCGCCCCCGCCCCCUGACUUGAUGGACGAGCCCUUUUCCCUUGCCCUUCCGUCCUCCUCCGCCGACGACAACCUCCUACCGCCACCCAUUCCACCUAACCCGGAAAAGGAUGCGCUCUUACGCCAACUCGCCUCGACACUCCACGGCCUGCGCCAACGCGCUCGAGCGCAGAACGAGUCUUCUCUCGCUGGUCUCGGCGCCCAACGCGCGGCCAUGCUCACAGCCCUUCAGAACCUACAAUCCGACACGGCAGCGCUUGCCCCACUCUCUGCCAUGCUCUCUUCUAAUACCUCGAUCUUGCAGCAGUCCUUGCAAGAAGCCGACCGUGUUAUCUAUUCUGCGCAAACCCGAGAACCGCCUCCCAUCGACGACUUACUCGUCGCCCCUACCGUGGUGGCAAACCAGCUGUAUGAUGCGGCGGCCGAGGAGCGGGCACUAGGUGACGCCAUCUUCGUUCUUGGGAGGGCGGUCGAGCGCGGACGGAUCAGUCCGACUGUCUUCGUCAAGACGACGCGGGGCCUGGCGCGCGAGUGGUAUCUGAAGAAGGCACUUGUGCGCAAGAUUGGACGUGGUAUGGGACUUGCCGGGUAAGUUAGAUGCCUACUUACUUAGUAGCCAUGCAGGCUGGCAGGCAAGGAGAUACAUAAUAUCCAGUGGCAGUAAUCGGUUGGAAUUUUGAAGCUUCAAGGAAUAAGCGGGGUUAUUUACCCCUUUUACUAGCUUGGCCAAGGUGACACCAAUAAUCACAUAGGUAUAUACUAUCCUCGCGUUGGGUUAUACGAAGUAUGU